AAUUUUUUCCAUUGAAAAGUGAAGUGAUAUAUGAAAGAGUUAUUGAAUAUUUUUUAAUUUUUUUAAUGGAAAUUUCUAACAAUAAUUUAUAAUUUUUAUAUAAAACCAAAGUGUAAAGUGUGUAGAAAACAAUGACAUAAACGCAAAAGUUCACAAACAAAUUAAAAGCCAUAAAAUUUUGCAAAUUAAAAGAUAGCUGGUUUUUUUUCGUAUGAUUUUAUUUUUUCACUACGGUCGUCGUCUUAUACAAAGAACAAGAAGCAGCAGCAGAGACCAACGAACAACAUUAGAAAGCCUGAAAAGGAAAAAAAGAGAGUGAAAAUAGAAAGAAAACAGCAGAAGAGGAGCGCCACCAUUUAACGUCGUCGUCGACCAACCAACCAACCAACUCUUGUGUAUUUAAGUUUUUGUUUUUCUUUAUUUUCAAAAACCUCCUCCUCUAUACCUUUUAAAUUGUAAAGAAGUCAAAAAAAUUAAAAGUGUUUUAAAGUUAUUUAAUCAAUUUAAAUAAGAAAAAAGUUAUAAAACAAAAAAGUGUAACUAAAGAAAAAACCGCCUUAUAACAGGCUGGCUGCUACAAAUUUCCAAUAACACAAAACAAACACUUGCUAAAUACACUCUCGAGAAAUGGACACCUCAAUGGAUACUAUAACCUGCAAAUUACAAUCGCUGGAAGAACGUUUGCAGGCAGAAAAUGAAUCCAGAUUACCAAGAAUGCCUCUUGCCAGGCCAAACACCUUAGUACGUCCACAAUUAACGGGUUUGGACAACUUAUCGUCAACAAAUCGUUCCACAAUGACAAAUCGCAAUAAUAUGAAAUUGGCUUUUGCAAAGCCCACCGGACCUGCCGCUGAAUCUGAAACAGAUAAAAAACUAAAGAAAAUUCACAAACAAACUGGUAUACUAACGAUAAACGAUCACAAAUACCACUCCGAUAUUAAAGAUCUCGAACAUUUGGGUGAUUUGGGCAAUGGCACCAGUGGGAAUGUUGUAAAAAUGCUCCACAAACCCAGUAAUACAAUAAUUGCCGUAAAACAAAUGCGACGUACUGGCAAUUCUGAGGAAAAUAAACGUAUCCUAAUGGAUUUGGAUGUAGUUUUAAAAUCACAUGACUGCCAAUAUAUAGUACAAUGUUUGGGUUGUUUUGUAACGGAUGCUGAUGUUUGGAUUUGUAUGGAAUUGAUGUCGAUGUGUUUUGAUAAGCUGUUAAAGUUAUCAAAGAAACCAGUACCGGAAAAUAUACUGGGGAAGGUGACAGUGGCAACGGUUAAAGCUUUGUCUUAUUUAAAAGAGAAACAUGGCGUUAUACAUCGUGAUGUUAAACCCUCAAAUAUUUUAAUCGAUGAACGUGGCAAUAUAAAAUUAUGUGAUUUUGGUAUUAGUGGGCGUUUGGUGGACUCAAAAGCGGCCACUAGAUCAGCUGGUUGUGCGGCUUAUAUGGCGCCUGAACGUAUCGAUCCUAAAAAACCAAAGUAUGAUAUACGUGCUGAUGUUUGGUCUCUGGGCAUAACACUGGUUGAAUUGGCUACCGCUCGUUCACCCUAUGAAGGCUGUAAUACCGAUUUUGAGGUAUUAACAAAAGUUUUGGAAUCAGAUCCGCCACGUUUGCCAAAAGAUGAUAACUUUCAUUUUAGUAAUCAAUUUCAUGAAUUUGUUAGUAAAUGUUUAACAAAAAAUCAUAAUUUACGACCUAAAUAUCCUCAACUCUUAGAACUAGAUUUUAUAAAGUACUAUGAACAAGCUGAGGUUGAUAUACCCUAUUGGUUUAAAUCUGUUGUAGAAGCUGCCGGCAUUAAAACUCAACGUAGGCAAGAAACACUGGUUCUUCAACGUUUCUACCAUCAACAAAAUCAAUUGCGUGAAAAAGAAUUAGAACGUCAACAGCAUCAACACUAUACGAAUAUCUAUACCAAACACUCACCCUCAGAUGGCACAACAACAAAUCCCUUUCAAACAAAUUUCUAUCAGCAGCAGCAGCAACUACAACAAUACAAUUCCCAUAUACCCAUUGCAUCUAGCUCAACUUUAUCAUCAUAUUCAACAUCUAGUCAAUCAUCAACACAAUCUUCACAAUGUUCACAAAUUGGUGGUACUGCUGGUGAUGCAAUUUCUUCAUCUUCUCAACAAGGACCAAGAAGUUUACCUUUAACACUUAACGAAAACAAGAGCUCCUCUUCGCCUACUUCUCCCAAUACUUUAGGUUUUGGUACUACUACUACAUCACCCACAGCUCAUUUGCAAUAUCAACCACUGCCUCAACAAUAUUUAAAUAAUUCUAAUACAACCUCCCCCUAUGGUGGGGGCAGUGUAAUGCGUAAUUCUAGAUCCCCAGCUACUUCACCAGAAACUUUGUCUGACUCGGCAGUUUUAACCAAACAUCCACAACAGACUAGAAUGUUAAAUGUCACAAGUCCUACGGUUACAAAAUUAAGUAAAUUAUAUAAUCAACGUUCAGGCUCCGCUUCAGCCUCCUUAGCCAAUGCUAAUACUUCGACAGUCGCCAGUAAAGAGAAUAAUUUUAAACCGGAAAGUGGCUGGUUUAAUACUUUGGCGGGUGCUAUGAAACGCCAAUUAUCAAAUUAUGUUAAAACACAAACAAAUAAUAAUUCUACUACGACAGCUACAUCACCUACAAAUGGUUUAACAACAGCAGGAUCUGAAUUGACAAACGAGCGCAAGGCUCAAUUGUAUUAUCGCACCAUGUCUUGUGGCAGCAGUAGUUCCGGUAAUAGUCAAACCACCUCACCCUCAACUGAAACCUGCAAGCCGUCUCUAGCAGAAGGUUUCCAGGAAGGAUCGAGUGCUGCUGGUUUCAUAAGACGUUAUGCCGCCACUGGAGGAGCCGGAUCAAAUGUUAAUUCAUCAGGCCCCAGUUCGUCAUUGCCGGCCACACAUACUCCGGCUCAUAUUUUGGCGAAUUUAGAUCGACGACAUCGUUCACCAGAUCCACCACCACGCUACAAUCGUGGUCAGUCUCCUUUGCUGUUGCGUAAAAACAUUUUAGAAUUAAGUGGUCAACCACCAGGCACUUCACCCAUGUUAAACAGAAGAUUCGUUAAUGCUUCUCCUCCCUUGCCACCGCCCCGUCGAGGUUCAGAAAGUGUUCCCGGCUCACCACAACACUUUCGCACCCGCAUUCACUACACACCCGAACCACAAAGGCGUGUUUAUCGUACUAUAGAUCAAUGAGUAGCACUGCAAAUAAUGGUUAUGUGAUAUUGGUAUGGAUUUGUUGAUGAUGAUGUUGAUAAUGCUGGCGCCCAAGACACUACCACUAAUAAUAGCCAUAGGACAACUACUACAACGGCAGGUGCUGAGGAAAAUUUUCUAAAUUAUGAUCUGGAUGGACCCUCUUCCUCAUCCUCAGCGACAACUAGAGAUUUUCUAGGUAUGCGCAGUUUUAGUCACAGCGGUAGUGUUACAGAACGUUUGGAUGCUAUGAUCUCAUCGGCUAGAACUGAUACAACCGUAGAUGCUGAUGUUGAUUGUAUACCAGCUUCUGCACCAGCAUUUUCUUCAUUAUCCUUGGAUGCCGAUGAUUUGGAUACGGCUCGUAUGCGUCGUGCUAAAUAUUGGUUACAAAAGUAGCAGCUUUUUUAUGUUUUUGAUAUAUGUUUAACGACAAAGAGUUUUUUGUUUAACUGUUGUGUUGUCGUUUUUUGAACUUGUCUAAAGACAAAACCAAUCGAGCAGUAGUACAUUGUUGUUAAUGGUUCUUUGUAUGGAGCUACGGAAGCGAAGUGAGACUGCUGCGUUCAGUGGGAAAGUUUGUAAAACUUAAGGAGAACAGAACUAAGAAAGAACUAGAACUUUAACAGAACUAGAAUGGAACUUGAACAGAACUAGGACAGUACUAGAACAGAACUGGAACAGAACUAGAACAGUAUUGGAAAUGAACUUGAAGUAAACUCGAAUCCAUUAGGGCAUUCUAAAUUCGUUUAUUACUUUUGCAAAUUUCUUUUGUGUUUAAAAUACUGUUCUCUCUUCUUUGUUUGCUGCUGUUGUUGGCAGUUUGCUGUCGUCGUUGAUAAGUUUUCUCCAUAACAAAUUAUUCCUACUCAUGCUUUCAAUUUGUUAAAUAAAGACAAUUGUUGUUGUGCCGAAUGAAUGAGUGUAUUUUUUUUCUGUGUUGUACCACAAAACAAACGUUUUUAUUACGUCUUCUCAUUUAUAAAAAACAACAACAACUAGUAAAAGAGUCAGGAAAAAAGUUGUGUGAAAAAUACCUCAUGGAGAAAUUAACAAUGGAGCAGAAUCAAUGUCGCGAUAUUCAGUUUUACGGCUGAGUUCUAAGAGAGUGGUGCUUACGAAUCAUUUAAGCAGCGGGAAGAAACAGGAAAAUCAAAAUUUUGUUAAUAAUUUAUUAAAUAAGCGUGUUAAUAGAAUCAAAAUUAUCUAUACUAUAUGUAUAUAGUAAAUUAAUGAUAAAAAGUUGAUUGAUUAAAAACAAAAACUUUUCGAGAAAACAU